AGCAGCAGCAGCAGCAACAGCAAGCGCACCAGCCCUCGCAACCAAGCCUGCCUCAAGACCAGUCCUCAGGCGCUGGAGUUCUUUGGCACGCACAGUCUUCACACUCUCAGCCCUUCAACUUCAACAAUCCUCCCAUCAUGGACAGCUCAUCCUGGACCGGUAGCAAUACCUCCGCACAUCAAACUGUCGGCCCCAUCCCCAUGGGCUUUGACUGGCGCGAUCAAAACCUCAGCCCGUCCGACUCUGCCUCACGGCCAAUGAGCCUGCAGGGCUUUCAUUCAACAUCUAAUAAUCAAAAUGGCAAUAAUAACAGUAAUGGUGUGAUACCUGGCCAUGGUCCCAUCUCUCACGGGACCCUCGGCGCCGAGACCGGCAUGAACACCCCCGGCGUCCAUACACACCAUAACGGCGAUCCUUUGGCAUCAUCACUCGCGGCAGGUGCGUUGCAGCAACAAGGUGACAUGCAAGUUCGAACGACGCCGCCAACACCCUCGCGUGAGGAUUUCCACCACCAUGGUCACCCGCACCAUGGCCAGCAGCAGCAGCAGCAACAGCCGCUCCAUGUCCAUCAUACCCAUUCCCCCUACCAUCACGGCCAACUCUCAGGACAUGAGCUCUCACCGCAUGAACAGCAGCAGCAGCAGCAGCAACAGCAACAGUUCCAGCAGCAGCACUCUGCCUACACCCCUGGCCACUACUAUCCUGAACAGGACCAACACGAGUCAUAUGACCACGAUCGAAUGCACAGCGGUGGUCUUGUUGGUCAUCCUUAUGGACAUUCCCACGACAACCUGGCAGCACUCACACCACCACCAUCGGCACCGGUGCCUCAACAUGACCUCCCGCCAUUGCGCACCAGGCUCACAAACACCAUCUGGGAAGACGAGCAUACGUUUUGCUUCCAGGUCGAUGUCAAGGGUGUUUGUGUUGCUCGGAGAGCCGAUAAUCAUAUGGUGAACGGAACCAAGCUUCUCAACGUCGUUGGCAUGUCCCGUGGCAAGAGAGAUGGCAUCCUGAAGAACGAAAAGGGAAGAGUGGUUGUCAAAGUCGGAGCGAUGCACUUGAAGGGAGUCUGGAUCCCUCUCGACAGAGCCGUUCAUCACGCCAAGGCCCAUAAUAUCGAGGAGAUCCUCUAUCCUCUUUUGGUAGAUGACCCCACGGCGUUUUUAUACCAACACCCUCAUACCGCCUCGGUCACGUCAGACAUGCGUUGGACUUCCCAGUCCCAGCAGCAGCAGCAGCAGCAGCAUGGCUCUUACCACGAAUCGGACAACUCUCCAAAAGGACGCCACUCGGAUAUGCACUCGAACCAUCAUUUUAAUCAGGGAGUCCAUGGAGAUUACUACUCUCAUCAGCAUCAUCCCGUCUUUCGCGGCCAUGGUGUGAACAGCCCGCAUGGCUCACCCCACGGAAGCAACGGUUCAGUUUCUGGAGAUGACGACCCAAACCUUGUUUCUCCGUUCGAGUAUCGCGUCCAGUCCUCUAUGGCUACUGGAGGCCUCAUUGGUAUCCCGUCUGGCGGGCCCUCGUCAGUAUCAGACCUGCGAUCUGGAAAUCACCAUGCAGCGUACUAUGGACAUCAAGCCAGCCCAAACCAAUAUUACGGAGCUCAUGUCCCGCAAAAGUACCAAGAUUCAAUUAUGCACCCCGGCCAGCAUCAGCUGCAGCUCGGUGGUCCUCUUGCGAACGACUCCCCUCCACCACUCUCUGCAUCCUCGGCACAUGAUGGACCACAAAACCGCAUUCAAGCAGGAGUGCUGGCAGGACAGAAGCGUGGUUAUGGCCCCAAUGUGUCCGAAGCCGCACAUAACUAUUACGGAUAUCAAGCCCAUCCUCAAAAGGACGUAUACCCUACGGACCCGGGUCAGUUUGGGGUUGUCGCCUCUGGAAUGAGCACCGGCAAUUUUUCGCCUCCCUUGUCUGUGACCCCUUCUGAGCCACACUCGCCCAUGUCCCAGCAGCAUCAUUCGCAGGAUCAACAUGCAGUGCAGGCUUCUAACCCACCUCCUAAAAGGCCAAGGCAAAUUUCGCGAGGAACGUCCAACACCACUGCGGAUUCGCCCGCGUCUUCGGCUGGGCAGUGGUAUGGCCGCGAUGAUAGUUUCGACCGUAGCAGUGGUCAGACCGUGACUUCCGUAGACGCCUCAGGGCCAGGUUCUCUCAACUACGGCGUUGUCAGCGACAGUGGUAACGGCAUGUACUACGACAGCUUGGCAUUGACACAGCAGCAGCAACAAAAGUCGCUUAAUGCGCCAAGAGAGGGAGAUGUCGGUCUUGCCGGAAGGCCGCGAUUUAUGCCAGGAGCUGCACAGUCACCAAUGCAGUACUCGGCAUCAGGAACAAUCUCGCCUCAACGUUCGCGGAGCAGACUUUCCUUCCAAGAUGGAGCAUCGGUCGGAGGGGCCAUGGCCCAGCAAGGGGCCGUUUCAACCUUCGGCAGAAUGAGCCCUGACGACACAAAACAGACAGUCUAUGUGCGUCCACAGUCAGGAUCUGAGGGCGACUCGAACGUUCCGCAGCUGGUCAAGGUCGAAGGCGUCGCUGGUGGUUUUGGCCACGAUACCGCCGCGACUUGGGCGUAAUGGUAUUCGGAGGAAACAUCACAUACUCUUAUUCUUAAUAUUGUUUUCGUCCGCCACGCUCUUUUCUCUCUAUAGCAACCUUACACAUGCCAGUACACGCUUACUGCUCCCCCUCUUUUUUUUUAUUGAUACUACUACUAUUAUUGUUAUCAUUAGUUCUGUUUGCGCGUCUUGUUAUGUUCAAUUACUCUCCUUAAUAUUUUUUUUUUCGCUUGCUAAUUGCUUUUAUCUGCUUUUAUCUGCUUUUGUCCUUGC